UCUGUGCGGGGGCACCCCCGAGCCCUGUGCGAUGCACUCGGCACGGCCGGGUUUGCACGCAGCGCUGUGCGGUGAUAGGAGCCGCCAGCAGUCCCCAGCUCCGCUCGCUGCUUCGGGGCCCGUGUGCAGGGCUGGCGGGGGCGGUGGUUUUGCGCCCGCUCCCACGCCUCCGCCGGGAUAAAUAGGAGGCGGCGGGCAGCUCCCCUCCACCUCGCCUCGCCUCCUCCGUGUGACUGAGCCGCGCCCGAGAGCCAUGGAUCCCCAGGACUGUCUUUGUGCUACCGGUGGCUCCUGUACCUGUGCUGACUCCUGCAAAUGCAAGAAUUGCAGGUGCACCUCUUGCAAAAAGAGUUGUUGCUCCUGUUGCCCAGCUGGAUGCAAUAAUUGUGCCAAGGGCUGUGUCUGCAAAGAUCCAGCAACCAGUAAAUGCAGCUGCUGUUCUUAAAAUGGCUAUUUUCUGUUCUCCUGUAAAUAUUCUGUAUGAAAGGAGAAACUAAUUUUGUUUGUAAUGUAGCAAUGACUAUUUUGUACCUUUCAUAGAAAUGUUGAUUUGAGGUUGAAUGAAAAUAAAGGCCAUGAUUGGAGAAAUGUAA